CAGCAGAAUAUAGAGGACAUGCCACAAACUUCCUUCUGCUGAUAUGAGUAUACUUUCCAGCAGAAUGAAUGGAAUUAAGUAUAUGUAUUACAAUUUGCAAUUGUAUAUACAGACAGUUCUUGCUUUACAGAAAUUUGCAAUAUCUAAAUUCAACUUUAAAAGAAUUCUAUAAGAAAUCCACAAAAUUCAUUCAAUACAGACAAAUGAAGAUGUGUUUGGAUCUAAGGGUAUGAAAUGUAUAGGAAGAGUUUAAAAAAUUAUUAAAAUUCCUUAUGUGAAGCAGAUGCUUUCAUUUCAUAUAUGUUUAUAAUCAUAACACAGUAUUUACAUAUCUCUGAAGUUUAAUGCAUUAUAAGACUUGAAUAAUGGUAUUACUUUGCUUUGUGGGGAGACAGGGGCAAAUUCACAUCAAGUAAAAAUUGCUUUUUACUGUCUGUAUUGUACACAUAUUGAAGUACAGAUCGAUACCAUGCACAUAAGACAUGCACAACAUAUAUAUAUCUACUGUAUAUAUACAUAUCCUUAUGAUGUUUUUUCCCCCCACAUUUGAAUUUAACAGAAUAAACCCAGAAAAAAGACGUACAGCUGCCUUUUAUAAAAUCUGGACUUUAUAUGCUGAAGAUCACUGAGAGAACAUGAGAGAGAAUGGAUUGCACUUGGCUGAGAAGGCAGCUCAUUAUUCAAAUUGGAUAUAAUCUAUAGUAGCCAUGGUAUACCUUUUGUAGCCAAAAUCAAUUUCUGGCAAGGUUAACUAUUGAACUACCAGAGUUUCAUUUACCAUAAGCUUAUUCCAUUAAGUAAUUAAUGCACAACAUCAAUAAAUAAACUUAAUGAACUGCUGUCUCCCCUUCUUUCAAGUACACUAUAGAAGCAAUACCAGAAAAAAGAAAAGGGUACAUCUAGUGCAGCUUUUCCUUGCUGUUAGAUAUUUAAUGAUGAAAGUGUUUUCUGGUGCAUCAAGAAGGAUAUAUCUUUCCACCAGCGUUUGAACUUGUUAAUCUGUGGUGCCUCGAUCCGUGCACCAUAGGAAAAAAAAAAAAGAGCGGGCUUCUUUCAGCUCUGCCUUUUUGAGCAGACCAACGUCUGUCCAUGUCUAGAACUCAGGGUUAGGGUUAGUAUAGUUGUGGUUUGGUACCUGAAAAGGCGUCUUUGCAUAGCUGUUCCGCUUAUUAUAGUAGUUAUAGAUGAUCAUCCGUCCCCGUUUUCGGGGACAGUCCCCCUUUUUUUUCGGAUGUAGUAUGUAGGCGAGCUACGUACGCUAGUUUCCCCUCCCCCUCCCGUCUCAUGUUUCCAUGAUUGGGUCAAAAAUUGUGUCAUAUGAGCUCGUUUCAUGUAAGACUUUACUGGAAAAUGAAUUAUCCAUAAAGGCUCUUUAAACAGUCAGAAAACCCAGCUGAAUUUUAGGGCUUUUCCAUCACACUGCUUCAUUUAUUGUUACUGAUAUAUAUCAUCCCAUCUCGAAGGCUGAAUCCAAAUCAGUGGGUCAUCUGUCGGUACUCCAUGAUUCUCGGUGCUGAUAUGUCAACAAAUUUCUGCAGCAGUGUGGAGCUGCUUGUUCUUUCAUCCAUUGUUUGUGUGACAUUGGCAUUAGAAAAUGGACUUGCAAGAACACCACCCAUGGGCUGGUUGUCUUGGGAGCGGUUUCGGUGUAAUACCGAUUGCAAGAACUUUCCUGAUACCUGCAUCAGUGAGAAACUGUAUAGAGACAUGGCAGACAGGAUAGUAGCGGAUGGCUACAGAGAGUUGGGUUAUAAAUAUGUUUGCAUUGAUGACUGCUGGUUGGCAAAUGAGAGAGAUAAUAAGACUGGGAAACUUCAGGCUGAUCCUGAACGAUUUCCUAAUGGGAUAAAGGCUCUUUCAGACUAUGUGCAUAGCAAAGGUCUCAAGCUGGGUAUCUAUGAGGAUUUUGGAACAUACACAUGUGCUGGCUAUCCAGGAAGUGAGUUUUACAUGGAGUUGGAUGCAAAUACUUUUGCAGAAUGGGAAGUGGAUCUGGUUAAAUUUGAUGGGUGCAAUUCUGACAGCAAAGAUAUGGACUAUGGUUAUCCAGCCAUGGAGCUUUUCUUAAACAAGACCCAACGUCCGAUAUUGCUUUCCUGUGAGUGGCCACUGUAUCAAGGAGGACAUGCAGACUAUGCUGCAGUAAGAAAGACAUGCAACAUGUGGCGCACCAGCAGGGAUAUGGAAGAUUCUUGGAACAUUGUGUAUGAAGUCAUAGAUUUUUUUGGGACAAACCCCUACAACUUCAGUGACUUCACAGGACCCGGGGGUUGGGCUGAUCCAGAUGUGUUGAUAAUUGGAGACUUUGGACUAAGCCACAGUCAACAAAAGGCCCAAAUGGCUAUGUGGGCCAUGUUUUCAGCACCACUCUUUAUGUCUGUGGAUUUGCGCAACUUUGAACCCUGGGCAAAGUCAUUGCUGCAGAAUAAGAAUGUGAUUGCUAUAAACCAGGAUCCUCGAGGCAUUCCAGCUAAAAGAAUACUUGAGAUUCAAAACUCAAUCAGUGUCUGGAUCAAGCCAUUGGCUAUGGAGGGAAGUUGUGCAAUAGCAUUUCUGAACAAUGACAUAAAAGGCCAGCCCACCAGGGUAGAAACCACUCUGUCUCAGUUUCAACUUAACUGUACUACAGGUUACAAUGUAACAGAGGUUUUUAAUAAUGAACUCUUGGGUUUAUAUAGACCACAUGAUAUUCUGACUGUUGAUGUCUACCCUACUAGCGUUGCAUUUCUUAAGAUCAUUCCACUUGUGUAAAUCUUUUUUACUGUCCUUUUUUUGUGCACAGUAAGUGCAAUAACACGUGAACAGGUACUAUAGUACAUCAGUACAGAGGAAUGUGUCUUAUCAACCAUUUGUAAAAUUAUAUAUAUGUCAUUAUUUUCAAACGUAAAUACCAAAUGUAAUAUGGUUAUGUAUUCAUAUAGUGUUGCCAUGUUUUUAAGUGGUUUCCUUCUAAAAAUGCAGUUUAAUUGUAUUUUUACUGCGAUCAACAAAUGUUGGCAAAGAUGCUUUACAGAUAACGGUAUUAAGUAUCUGGUCAAUUUUAUAAUGUUCAGAAUUUGAAUUUACUAUAUAUAGCUUUUGACUAUUCACAACAGCAGCCAGACAUUAUGACUUCCCAGUUUCCAUUUAACUUUCUAAAGAUUUUUUUCAUACUUGUGCAAGUGAAUGAGUUAUAAAAGUAAAGUAAAAUGCUGUCA